AUAAUUUAAGUUACAUGUUGACACGUAUGUCAGUCAAAUUGUUAAAAUUAUUCUGGAACAAAGGAUAAUUACUAACACGCAAAUGUUGUAUCUUCCUGCCUUAUGAGUUUUACCUGUUUUACCUACUACUUUAGAGAGUUUAUAAGUAUUCCGUCUUUUUGUUUACAAAACAAUAUUAUCUUAUAUGAUGUCUUACCUGAAAGCCUCAAUCCUUGCUCUAUUACUACUUCCAACUCUGUUAUCCUCUUCCUUUGCAACUUCACAAUCUCUUGAUGAAUCCUUUAAACAAUGCCUCAACCAAAACUCCAAGCUUCGAAUCCAGUUCUCCAAUACAUUUUUCACUGCAAAAAAUCCCUCCUUCACAUCUGUUUUAAACUCUACUAUCAUGAACUUCAGGUAUUUGCUGCCUUCAGUACAAAAACCUUUGAUUAUUUUCACCCCUUUACAUGAAACCCAUAUUCAAGCAGCUGUUAUAUGCUCAGAACAACUCGGAAUUCACCUAAGAAUCCGCAGUGGAGGCCAUGAUUACGAGGGUGUCUCUUUUGCAUCUGAAAUUGACCACCCUUUUAUAAUUGUAGACCUUGUUAAACUCCGAAACAUCAGUAUUGAUAUCGAAGAUGAAACUGCAUGGGUUGAAGCAGGCACCACUAUUGGUGAAUUCUAUUACAGAAUUGCUGAAAAAAGCAGAGUUCAUGGCUUUCCAGCUGGUAUCUUUACCAGUUUAGGCAUGGGUGGGCAUAUUACAGGAGGAGCAUACGGAUCUAUGCUAAGAAAGUUUGGCCUUGGAGCUGAUAAUGCCAUUGAUGCCCAUAUAAUCGAUGUGAAUGGUCGGGUUCUUGAUAGAAGAUCCAUGGGAGAAGAUCUCUUUUGGGCUAUCUGUGGAGGUGCAGGAGGAAGUUUUGGGGUUAUUGUUGCUUGGAGACUCAAAUUGGUUCGUAUACCGCCUACUGUGACUUAUUUCAUGAUUAACAAAACCAUGGAAGAAGAUGACAUCAAGGUCUUAGAUAAAUGGCAACAUGUAUGUGAUAAAUUUGAUGACAAUCUCUUGGUUAAAGUCACUAUGCAGGCAACAAAUCCUAAUGAAGAAGGCGAAAUAAACGUGACAAUAAAAUAUCAAGGUCUGUUCCUUGGCAAAGCCAGUAGACUGCUUCGAAUCAUGGGAAGAAAGUUUCCGGAACUAGGUGUUUCAAGAAAGGAUUGUCUUGAAAUCACAUGGAUUGAAUCGGUGUUAUACAUGGGUGGAUACCCAAAUGGAACAUCUCUUGAUAUUUUACUUCAGGCAAAGUCAUCUUUUAGGACCUUCUUCAAAGCAAAGUCUGAUUUUGUCCGAAAGCCAAUUCCUGAAACUGCAAUCACAGAGCUUUUGAAAAGGUUGAAACAAGACAGUAGUGUUGUAAUAUUCACCCCUUAUGGUGGAAAGAUGAACAGAAUCUCAGAAUCUGCAAUUCCCUUCCCGCAGAGGAAGGGUACCGUGUAUAUGAUCCAGUACCUUACGAUUUGGCAAGACGGGAAAAAGAGUGAAAAACUGCACAUGAAAUGGAUUAGGAAGCUGUACAAGUUCAUGAAGCCUUAUGUCAGUAAAAAUCCUAGAAGUGCAUAUGCAAAUUAUAGGGACUUUGAUUUAGGGAUGAAUGAGCUAGGGAACACAAGCUUUAAGAAAGCAGGUGCUUGGGGUUAUAAAUACUUCAAGGGAAAUUUCAAGAGAUUGGUACAAAUUAAGACUCAGAAUGAUCCUAAUAACUUUUUCAGACAUGAACAAAGCAUUCCAGUUCUUGCAAUGUAGAUCGUUUUUUUUUUUCCAAUGGUGGUAGUAUCGAUCUCUUGCUGCCUCUGUUUCUCUUUUGGGUUUCGAACUUUCGAUUGGUCUAGCUAGGUUAAAUAAACCAACUCAAUUUAGAACUGGCAAAAAGUCGUGUCGUGUUCGUGUUUGGUCUCGUGUCAAUUUCAUGUCGUUCAUAAAAUCUAUCAAAAACUAUGUAAUGUGUAAGAUAAAUGCAUAGUUUGACCACUUUAUCUAAAUGGGUCGUGUUCGGGUUGGUUUUGUGUCGUGUCAUGUCAUGUCUAUUUCGUGUUUUCUCUCAAUAACUUUGUGUUCAUGUCGUGCCAAUUUCGGUCGUGUUGUGUCGGUCAGAUAUUGUCAGCUCCCAACGCUACUGUUGUUCAUAUAAUUCAACUCUCUAUAUAUUUAUAGAUCGAAGUGUUUAUGUAA